AACCGCGUAACUCGGGAACAUACUGUAGUAUGACAAUGCGUCUUUCUCAACAUUCCCCAAGGUAUUUUUAACUAUUUUUAUUUAUUGCCUAUAGACAUCUUGAAUCUGUCAAUCAUUAGCGCUGUCAACGGUUAACGGAUUUGAUUCGAACUUGUUUGUUUUGUUCCCAAGCCUGUUUGGUCUUCGUUGUGUAGAAAUUGUCUUUACGCCAAUUGUAAACGCCCCGACAUGAGCAAUGCAGCAUUUAUAGAUGAUUGGAACAAUAUUAUACCAUUUAAGAUUAAAAUAACGGAUUUGGAAAAACCUACAGAACAGUUUGUUUACAAAUCAAUCCUUCAAUUUUUCAAGCUCAUGCAUUACGACGUUGCCAGCUAUGAAAAUAUGUACAGCGAUUCGAAUGAAACACUCACGAUGAAGCGGGUGGAAUUAGUGGCGAGAAUCAACUACAUCUAUCAACUGUGCUCAGAUUCGAAACAAACUUCGUUCUUGUACGUUGACCUCGUCAAACCAAGUAAGAACAUUGCAUACCUGGACUCUGGGGUAGAAUUACUAUACUUUCGCAUGCUUUCUUUUGUAGCUGGAAAAAAGAUCAUACAUUUGCUUAAAGUUCUGCUCAACUAUCUGUUUUACACAAAUAUGGUAAAAGAAACAGUGUUGGAAAAGGCAAACAACUGCGCACAGGAGUAUUCUGAGCUGAACGCUAAACUAAACCAGGAACAAAUAACGAAGGAAGAAAAAAAAAUUCGAGCCAACAAAAUCAAUCGUCACAUAGAUGACUUGAAACUGCACCUGCCUCAACUAAAGAAUCAGAUUGAAACCCUUCAGCAAAGAAAACACAAGCUUCAGGAAAACAUAUCUACACUGAAGGCAAAUGACCAGCAACUAGCCGAUAAAAUUAUUAAACUAAAAAUUGAACAUUCGGAACUGGCAGAACUGCUUGUAGCCGACGAUGAAGCAUCUUCCGUGAGGGAAAUAAAACAAUCGCUAACUAGAGAAAUUGAAACACUCACGGAAACGGAAAAAGAGUUGCAACAAGCUUACCAAAUCCAUGUUUCUUCGAUCAACCAGAUAAGACCGUGCAAUGCACUUCUGGAAAAAAUGCUUCUAAUUGGAAUGGAUGAGUCUUGCAAAAAUUUACGAGGCGCAAUAGUUGAACUAAAUUCUUUGUGCGAUAAGUUACGGAAACAAAGGAACAACUUGACAAACCUCUCAGAUACAUUGCAAAAUAACUGCGAGGAACUCGAUGGCCUGCUUGCAGAUAAAAAUCAAGAGCUGGAAGUACGUAGAAAGGUAUUGGAGAAGAAUGACAGAAGAAAAGAUAGCAAGCACCUGGAACAGGAGAAACGCCUUAAGGCAUUGGAUCAAGCAAAUGAGAUAUACGCACAGCUGUUGGUAGUUCAGAAAGCAGAAAUGCAAAAAGUUAUCGUUAUGGUUGAGCAAGCUCUCAAGUUUAUAAACUAAUGCUCUUUCUAACCGAAUAAAUUAAGGCAUUAUUUCGUUCGCCGGAUUGAUAUACAACCACAAGAAAGCAAUUAAAUGUGUAACUAUAAUUUUCUAAUAACAAAUAACAACGAUACAGACUGGUGUGUGUACUUUAAGA